AUGUCUGGGAUCACAAGAGGACAUUCUUGCACGUUAUGUCAAAGGCGCAAAGUCCGGUGUGACAAGCAGAAGCCCUGUGGAAACUGCGUCAAAGCAAACGCAGAAUGCAUUGCUGCUCCUAUGCGGCCUCGUGGGAAAAGAAAUACACCGAAGCCCCAAGGUAAAGACUUGGCUGAAAGAGUCAAGAAGUAUGAAGAGCUUAUGACCCGACAUGGGCUUGAUUUUGAGUCACUCAUUGGCCAGGGUACUUCUGGUGCACCUGAGCUGCCUCAAAACAAGGAAGUGUCUCCCAAGGAGGGCCCUGGGAACAAACGCCCGUCUAGGACGACUAAAGAAAUAGAUUCUAAAUGGUUUGCCUACUAUAAUGAGUAUCGAGCUACUGACGAAAUGCUCAACGGCUCCUCCGACGAAGAAAAUGAGCGUCCAACUGUACACCAUGCUUUCGAUGCCAUGUUCAGUGACAAUAGCGGCUUUCCAUUUUUUGCAGGGAGUUCGCAAACGGAGACUUUAUCACAUCCAUCUUCAACCCAAGUCAUUCAAUUAUGGCAAAUAUACAUAAACAACGUGAACCCUGUUCUCAAGAUAAGCCAUGUUCCCACACUUCAACCUCAAAUAAUUGAGGCUUGCACAAACCUCGUCAAUAUUCCGAAGCCUAUCAGUGCUCUCAUGUUUGGGAUAUACCUCACAGCCAUUAUUUCUAUGGAUGAAAAGGGCGUUCAGAAUAUUCUCGAAUGCGACCAGUCUACUGCUUUUGCUCGAUAUCGCGAGGCCAUGGAACAAGCUCUGAUAGAUGCUUGUUUUAUGAAGUCUUCUGAUUUUAUGGUGCUCCAGGCCUACAUUUUAUAUCUGAUCACUAUGAGACUUUGGAUUGAUCCCCGGUCACUGUUUUGCCUCAUAGGCAUCGCAGUGCGCAUGGCAACCCGCAUUGGCCUGCAUCGAGACGGUGCCCAAUUCGGCCUGUCGCCCUUUGAUACUGAGCAAAGAAGACGACUUUGGUGGCAAAUAGUCGUCCUAGACAAGCGAAUAGCUGAAAUCACCGGAUCCCCAAUCAACGCACUAUCCUCUAUGGGAGCAGACUGUCGGUAUCCCCUCAACGUGAACGAUACAGACCUCCAUCCCCAAUCCAAAGAGCCACCAUUAUGGUCUCCCGGCAUCACAGAGAUGACCUUUGCUCUCACGCGGAUUGAAAUUACCAUCGCUUCUGCACCCAACGGAAUUCGACCAAAUCCCAGGGCUCCCGAAUCCGCAAUUUUUAACAAAGCGUCCACCACGGAUCCUACCAGCCAAACUCCAGAUCCCAACAUCUCCGAAACCCUCGAUCGCUACUGCAGACACAUGGAAACAACUUAUCUAAAACACUGCAAUACCGAAAUCCCCCUACAACUCUUCACUCUUCUAAUGACUCGCGUAUCCCUGCACAAACUCCGAGUCCUAGACUUCGUCUGUCGAGGAACCACAUCUCCAGACCCGGACAAAGAAAGACAAGAUGCGGCCUUCCUAGCUGCAAUAGAAAUGCUCGAAUCAGACAAUACCAUCCAUUCAACGCCAAGUCUCCGUGGACUAGUCUGGUACAGUCAUAUGCAUAUCCCCUUACCGGGAUACAUUUUCCUUGCGAAUGAACUCCGUGACCGGACUCAUGGCGAACUCUGUGAACGUGCUUGGAUUGCUAUUUGCCGAAGUCCUUAUCAUAAGGGGUUGAGUCGAAAUCUUCGGAGUCCGUUGCACGUCGCUCUUGCGCAGGCGCUUUUGAAGAGCUGGAGAGCAAAGGAGAGGGUGGAGUUGAAGAGUGGGAGGGUUCUGCAGGUUCCGGGUCUUGUUAGUUCGCUUCGGGAGAGUCUUCCUGGCCAUCUGACCAAACAGAAGGUUGGGAGGAAUGUAGCGGGGGCUGCUAUGGAGGCUGAAGAUUGGUCUAAGCCAAGUUCUAUGCAUGAGACUGGGAAUAUGAUGUCUGGAGAGAACAUGCUACUGGAAUCUAUGACUCUUACAGACGAUUUUCCUGGGUCAUCAUCUUUCGAUUACAACCAGGUUUUCUGGACGAAUUUGAUGCAGGCCGGUGCUUUUGGUGGGAUUUGGAAUGGUUAUGAUUAUAUCAUGCCCCAAGAGCGGCCUACGCCCUGA